UACAGAGAAUUGAGCACAAUACGGUUUUGCUGUAAUUCAUUGAAUUGCUCUGCGUCAAUUGUCUGUGUCAUCAAUAGUAGAUAAUGUCAGCUUCAAGAAGUGAAUUGUGCGAAUGGGCCAAAUUGGCUGAGCAGUGUGAGAGGUACGACGACAUGUGCUCUAGAAUGAAGUCUUUGGUGGAAUCCUUAGCCGACGAUACGGAUUUGUCUACCGAGGAGAGAAACCUUCUCUCAGUCGCCUACAAGAACAAAGUGGGCGCUAAACGAUCCUCAUGGCGAGUCAUAAGUAGUAUGGAACAGAAAAAAUCAGAGAAUAAAGAGCUAGCAACCGAUUACCGAGGUGUAAUUGAGAAAGAGCUUGAUAGCGUUUGUAAUGAAGUCCUUACAUUACUUGAAGACAAAUUGAUAAAGAAGGCAACUGAAACAGAUGCUAAAGUGUUUUAUCUCAAAAUGAAAGGAGAUUACUAUCGCUAUCUUGCUGAGGUGCAGAAUAAAGACAAUAGGGAUACGGUAGUAUCUAAUGGUUGCGAAGCUUAUAAGAAGGCUCAGGAAGAGGCGGAAAAUUUACCUGUGACCCAUCCAAUUAGGCUUGGGCUUGCCCUUAACUUCUCUGUCUUUUACUACGAGAUUAUGAACGAUAAUGAGGAGGCUUGCAAGCUUGCAAAAAAAGCUUUUGACGAUGCCAUUGCCGAGCUGGACACACUGAAAGAGGAUAGUUACAAGGAUAGUACCCUCAUAAUGCAACUACUUCGUGACAAUCUCACGCUCUGGACAACUGAUAUUGACAAUCAGCAAGAAGGUGGUGAUGACGAUUAAGUCUAAACUUGCUACUUGACUCAGAAACCUUCAUUUGAUAUUUUUAAAAUUAUUUCUAAUACAAUGUAACAUUAGAAUGAAAAUAAUUAAUGAUAAUAGAUUUAAAAUAGUAGGCGUACUUUAGAAAAUAAAAACAAAUUAUUUCCA